CCGGCCCCGGUCCCGGGCGGCGGCAGCAUGGCCGCCUGCGUGCUGCUGCGGGCGGCGCGGCCGCUGCUGGCCGGCCCGGCCCGCGGCUACGCCAAGAAGCCGGCUGUGAAAUCCAAAGGCAAGAGUGUGGCAAAGGAGGCUCCGAAGGGGCCAGAGGUGUGCACAGACCCUGCCAUGCUCACCACCUAUGCCAUGGGGGUCAACUACUUCAAGGAGGGCCCAGAAGUGGCCCUGAAGCCUGACUCGGAGUACCCUGGCUGGCUCUUUGAGAUCCAUCUUGGGCCCCCUAAGAAGCUGGAGGAGCUCGACCCUGACUCGAUUGAGUACUGGAGGCGCCUGCGGAAAUACAACACCUGGCACCGCAACAGGCUGAAGAAGGGCAGGAAGCUGUAGGCACUGCAGCGCCUGCGGCACGGGGUGAUGCUGGGCCCAGCUCCUGCUCCGGAGCUCUUCCUUCAGUGAACACAUAAUAAAUCUCUGGUGAAGCUGA